GCAACCACUUAUGCAACUUGGGCUUGGUCAUCUCCUCAGGAAAGGAAAGACAGGGAUUAGGUUAGGGUAUGCCCCAAGGGAAAGUUAUGAGGUCUGCAGGGUGCCCUUAUGAAAGUAUUUGAAGUGGCCCCUGUCCAAGUGGCCCAAGUAGGAGGGUACUGGGCAUUAAUCUAUAAUUCUCGUACUUUCCCUAACUAGUCUACAAGUGAAACUACCAUUUUCUUUUGUCAAAUACUUCGAUACAAAGACAUUCUUGUGAGGUUUGGGAAUCAUAAGAGUUCUGCUGACCUCUUGGAGGAGACACCUCAAACCUGUGAAAGUCAAUUUUGGCUCCAACUUUACCUUAUGUGUCCGUGGCUCAGCAGAUGGCACCACCUAGUCCAAGCAGCAACAACAUCAGUGGCAGCAGUGGGGGUGGUGGAGGUGACCAGCUGAGCAAAACCAAUCUCUACAUCCGAGGGCUGCAACCAGGCACCACAGACCAGGACCUAGUCAAGCUCUGUCAGCCAUAUGGCAAAAUUGUUUCUACUAAGGCCAUAUUGGACAAGACAACAAACAAAUGCAAAGGCUAUGGCUUUGUAGAUUUUGACAGUCCUUCAGCUGCACAGAAAGCUGUGACUGCGCUUAAGGCCAGCGGGGUACAGGCACAGAUGGCAAAGCAACAGGAGCAGGACCCUACAAAUUUAUACAUCUCAAACCUCCCAGUGACUAUGGAUGAGCAGGAGUUGGAGGGGAUGUUGAAGCCUUUUGGGCAAGUCAUUUCUACUCGAAUUCUUCGAGACACAAGUGGGACCAGUCGAGGGGUUGGCUUUGCAAGGAUGGAGUCCACAGAGAAGUGUGAAGCCAUCAUCACUCACUUUAAUGGCAAAUACAUUAAGACACCCCCUGGAGUACCAGCCCCAUCUGAUCCUUUGCUCUGCAAAUUUGCUGAUGGUGGACAAAAGAAACGCCAGAACCAGGGGAAAUAUGUGCAGAAUGGCCGGUCUUGGCCGAGAGAUGGUGAUGUGGGUGGCAUGGCACUGACCUAUGACCCCACCACAGCUCUACAGAAUGGGUUUUAUACAGCAUCACCCUACAGCAUCACCCCCAACAGGAUGAUUGCCCAGACCACACUAUCCCCCUAUCUUCCAUCUCCUGUAUCUUCAUAUCAGGUUCACAGCCCAUCUUGGAUGCACCACCAGUCAUACCUCAUGCCGCCUGCAGGCGCAGUCCUGACCCCAGGGAUGGACCACACCAUUUCCAUCCAGCCUGCCUCAAUGAUGGGACCUCUCACUCAGCAACUGGGCCACCUUUCCCUCAGCAGCACGAGCACGUAUAUGCCCACAGCUGCAGCUAUGCAAGGAGCUUAUAUCCCCCAGUACACGCCUGUGCCUUCUUCCAGUGUUCCUGUUGAAGAGAACAGUGGCCAGCAAAGUCAAGUAGCGGUGGACCCUCCCUCCGAUCAUGCGGCCUAUUCCUUCCAGUACAGCAAGUAACAGUGGAUGGGCCCAGGCCUGAGAGGACAUCUCUGCUCUCAUGCCCCACCUCUAUCCCGCAUCACUGGUGGAACCUGGGGUUACAAAGCCACCUUUCCUUUGUGCUGCAUUCAAGGAGUUCAGAUUUUUUUUCUUU